GGAAGUGGUUGCAACUGCUCGGCUGGGCUGAGCAUAGCAGUUGUGUUAUGAUUUCUCUUAAUGCGUUAUUACUAAUGGAUGGAGGCCUUUUUACAUAUGAAGUACGCAUGGAUAAACGGGGCUGUGUGGACUGUGCUUCCCCUUGUCGGAUGUGACUUCUAAAGGUACUGGCACUUUUCCUGCCUUGAGGCCGAGUGAAUAAUCGAGGAGAGGAGAUGGAAAAGAUGACUGCUCUCCACUUGUCAUCGGCUACGACUUCAAGACUCUCCGAGAGGGACUGAAAGGAACAGAAAGCUAUCCUCUGGAAGACAGGGUGAGACACAGAGAAGCAUCCACAGCGACCAACCACUUGAAGCACAGAGGAGAUGGCUUUCCUGGACAACCCGGCCAUCAUCCUGGCGCACAUCAGACAGUCUCAUGUGACCAGUGACGACACAGGCAUGUGUGAGAUGGUACUGAUAGACCAGGAUGUGGAUCUGGAGAAGUGCCAACUGGCUCUGGUGCCGGGAACCAGCUGUGGGUCAACAGGGUCCGAAUCACUGAGCGAGGGGGGGAGCAGCGUGGCAGAAAACCACGGCUGUGACCUCUCUCAGUCCAUGGACAUCACCUCCAGCUGGGACUUUGGCAUCCGCCGGCGCUCUAACACAGGACACCAGCAAGAUAACCGCGAGAAACCCGGGGCUGCUGCCCAAAGACUCGAAAGGUUAAGGAAGGAGCGGCAGAACCAAAUCAAAUGUAAAAACGUUCAGUGGAAGGAGAGGUCCCACGCCUCCCAAUCAGUGGAGGAUCUGGGGUCGCUGUUUGAGAAGCGAGAUUUUAAAGACCGGCCGCGGUUGACGGGCACCAAAUCCACUCUGUCUCUGCGUCUGGAGCAGUGUCCCCAGCAGCUCAACAACCCCUUCAAUGAAUACUCCAAAUUCGAUGGCAAGGGCCACAUUGGCACAACGGCUACCAAGAAGAUAGACGUCUACCUCUCAAUGCAGCUGGCCCAGGAGAAGCUGCAUCCCAUGACAGUGGUGACCAUUGCUAACGCCCGCGUCCACGACCUCAUCGGCCUCAUCUGCUGGCAGUACACGAGCGAGGGACGAGAACCCAAACUCAAUGACAAUGUGACGGCUUACUGCCUGCACAUCGCUGAGGAUGAUGGCGAGGUGGACACCGACUUCCCUCCGCUCGACUCCAACGAACCAAUCCACAAGUUUGGAUUCAGCACGCUGGCCUUGGUGGAGAAAUACUCGUCGCCUGGCCUCGCUUCCAGAGAGUCACUGUUUGUCAGAAUAAAUGCUGCUCAUGGUUUCUCCUUAAUCCCUGUGGACAGUCUGAAGGUCACCAUGAAGGACAUUCUCCAGAAAGCACUUAAGAAGAGGAAAGGCUCACAGAUAGGCUCAGGUCCCAUGUAUCGCCUGGAGAAGCAGACGGAGCCGAAUGUGUCCGUAGAUCUGGACGCUACGCUGGAGAGCCAGAGCACCCUGGAGUUCUGCCUGGUCAGAGAGAACAGCUCCAGAGGGGAGGAGAGCUCAGAGGAAGACCCUCCUAAUGACAACUCCAAUGUGCAGGACAUGCUGAGCAGUCACCACUAUAAGUCCUUCAAGAUCAGCAUGAUCCACAAGCUGCGCUUCACCACGGAUGUCCAGCUAGGCAUUUCAGGAGAGAAAGUGGAGAUCGAUCCUGUCACCAAUCAGAAGGCCAGCACUAAGUUCUGGAUCCGUCAGAAACCCAUCUCUAUCGACUCGGACCACCUCUGUGCCUGUGACCUCGUGGAGGAGAGAAGCCCCAGUCAUGCAAUAUUUAAAUUCACUUAUCUGAGCAACCACGACUACAAGCCGCUCUACUUCGAGUCUGAUGCUGCUACUGUCAAUGAAAUAGUUCUACGGGUGAACUAUAUCCUGGAGUCCCGGGCCAGCACGUCUCGGGCUGAUUACUUCGCCCAGAAACAAAGGAAACUCAGCCGCCGGACCAGCUUCAGCUUCCAGAAGGAGAAGAAGUCCGGCCAGUAGAAGGACGAGAAAUGCUUAGCAACAUAGACCGAUGCUAUAAAAAUAAAAUAGUAAAUGCAAAAACGAGGCCUGUCUCUACACAGACAGCAUUAGGCUACACGCAGCAAAGUGAAGACUGAUAGGUGGAGUCAGAGUACGUGUCUCUGCUUCAGAUGAACUGGUUGGAGGUCUCUGAAACUCCAUGGGUGAAGAUGGUCAACGAGCAAAAAGAAAUGAUGGAAAGAACCAGAGAAUUGCUGGACAGAGUUUUGGCUGCCAUGUCGCCGUCAGCUCUUGUUCUUUAACUGCCUUUUGAACAUAGGCUGCCUCCCCAGGGAUGGAUUUGUACACCCAACAAAGAAAACCGAGCUACAUGCUAAACCUUUGAGUCUGUCCUGCAUCUGUAACAGACCAUUUUACAUGACAACGUGAAAGGAAACCUUCACAUGUACUGUACAUAGACAUUUUACAUGCAACAAAUGAAAAAAAAAUUGAAAUGAA